CGCCCCGCAAAUCGAGUCGAUCUCACAGCAACCCACCCAACUCGCGAUUUCGUGAGCUCCUAGGCUCCAAUAAUUCGACCGCAUGUCUACAACCACCACCAUGCCAGGCCGCAGCCUUCCGACGAUUCCGACCGCCGAUGUCCAGGCACACAACAACGAGAAGUCCUGCUAUGUUACGAUUGGCAGCAAGGUCUAUGAUGUGACAGACUUCCUCGACGGUCACCCAGGAGGCGGCGAGCUCAUCCUCGAGUACGGCGGUAAGGAUGUCACAGCUAUCCUGAAAGACGAGAUUUCCCACGCCCACUCAGACUCCGCCUACGAGAUCCUGGAUGAGUGCCUGAUUGGCUUCGUAGCUAGCGAGGAGGUUAUGGACGCUGUCACCAAGAGCAACAAGCCUUAUGAGAUUGUCCCUCUUCCCCCGUCAGAGGUGGGCAAGAUCGAGCUUAAAGGCAUGGAACAGAAUCAGAAGCCCCUCUAUGCUGCGACAGGCAUGUCAACUGCUGAAGAUCUGUCGCGCGAGACCGACCAUAACCUCGAUUACAAGCAGCACAAGUUCCUUGAUCUUAACAAGCCAUUGCUCAUGCAAGUCUGGAAUGGCGGCUUCGAGAAGGACUUUUACCUCGAGCAGGUACACCGACCGCGCCACUACAAGGGAGGAGAUUCGGCUCCACUGUUCGGCAACUUUCUGGAGCCAUUGAGCAAGACACCUUGUUAUCCGGCUCUUGCAGGUUACUGGGUGUUUGGACUUGCCUUCUGGACAAUCAUCGAAUACGUCCUGCACCGAUGCUUGUUCCACCUUGACGAUUACCUUCCCAACAAUCGCGCCGCUCUCACCUUGCAUUUCCUCCUUCAUGGCAUCCACCACUACCUUCCCAUGGACAAGUACAGGCUGGUCAUGCCUCCCACGCUGUUCGCAGUGCUUGCGGCACCGUUCUGGAAGUUCGCACACACUGUAUUCUUCCACAACUGGUAUGCUGCGACAGCCGCGUACUGUGGCGGUGUUUUCGGUUACACACUCUACGACCUGACCCACUACUUCCUUCACCACCAGAAGCUUCCUCCUUGGUACCAGGAGCUCAAGAAGUACCACCUCAAGCACCACUUCGCCGACUACGAAAACGGCUUUGGCGUUACCAGUCGCUUCUGGGACUGGGUGUUCGGCACUGAGCUCGAGAUGGGCCCACCGAAGGUCAUCAAGACAUCGUAGACGUAAUGUCUGCUUAGAGUGGUUGGUGACAUGAUUGCAUAGACAGCAUUGGGUCGGCGUUGUGGUUUUGUAAGAAUAUACAUGACGUGUUGGGCGAUAAGUUCCUAGAUUGGAGCUAGUUCUAUUUCACGAUCACAUAUACCUAUUUUAAUGUUAAUGUGCGUAUGAGCGCAUGACGUUCGUUUCGCAAAUGGCCGGCAUUACUUCGAUUUUUUUGAUGAAUGUGAAUUGCACGUGUGAGCGCCUGCCUACUGGCUCGAGGCUCUUUCCAGGUUUUGCCGCCACUAGUGCGGACGGUCC